AUGGCCGCCACUGAUCUCAACCAGCAAACUUCGCGCGACAGUCUCUCUUCAUACCUACAGCAACCUGAAACGCAAGGACCUCUCCCCAUGACCAACGGAGCACAGCUCACCAUGCACAGCAAGGAACACAGCGAGGGCCACAGUGACCGACAGGCAGGAUUGCUCACGGGCACUGACAUACCAAAAUGGAAACCAAACUUGACAGAGACCAUGAUCAUGGUGACUUUGGCCAUUCUCUCAUUGAUGGUCUCGCUGGAUGCCACAAUCAUUGUGACCUCUUUGUCGACGAUCGUUCAAGCCCUGGACGCCACGGCGACUCAGGGAUUCUGGAUUGGAACGUCCUACCUCCUCGUAGUCGCGGUGACUAUGCCGUUCACUGCCUCAAUCAGUGACAUUGUCGGCCGAGCCCAAACAAUGUUCGUCACCGUUGUGAGCUUCACGGUGGGAACGAUACUGUGUGCCGUCUCCCGCAAUAUUGGCCUAAUGCUCGUUGGCCGCUGUCUACAAGGUAUCGGUGGUGGAGGCGUCAUCAUUCUAUCUCUGGUCAUCUUCUCCGAUAUCGUCCCUCUUCGCUUUCGACCACAAUAUGUUGGCGUCCUUCAAGGAGCUUGGGCGCUAGGUACUGUGGUCGGACCAAUCAUCGGUGGCGCUCUUGCCCAUCCUCAUCUAUGGCGCUGGGCGUUCUACAUCAUGCUGCCCUUCUGUGGCAUCGGGCUUGUCUGCAUCCCUCUGUUCAUCAGGAUCAGUCGUCCCGAGGCCACCGUGCAGCAAAUGCUCCGCCGGGUUGACUGGCUUGGGGGUUUCCUCUUCAUCUCAUCAGCCACAGGCUUCCUUGUCGCUAUCUCUUGGGGCGGCACAAGCUACCCGUGGAACCAUUGGAGGACACUGGUGCCCUUGAUCCUCGGGAUCCUGGGCCUUAUUGCCACGAUGAUCUACGAACGAUUCGGUGCAAAGGAGGCGUUCCUCAGGCACUCCCUCUUCCACGUCAAAUCAGCACACGGCAUCUACAUCGGCGCGUUCGUUCAGGGCCUUGUUCUUUACGCUCAAAUGUACUACAUUCCCUUCUUCUACGAGUCCGUCAAACUGUACUCUCCAAUCCGCACCGGCAUCUCACUCCUCCCCGUCCUCCUCACCCUGAUUCCAGCCUCUGUUGUCGUCGGCGCUGCCAUCACCCGAACCGGGAAAUACAUUUGGGCCAUCGCCAUCGGCUGGGUCUUCACAACGCUAGGCACGGGCCUGACGCUCUCAUGGGACCGCAGCACUCACACCGCAGUCUGGGCCGUCGAGUUGAUCAUACUAGGCAUCGGCCACGGGCUCAACCUCAACGCGCUCAACACGGCGUCACAAGCAGUCUCAAAACCAGGCGACGAAGGCCGCGCAGUAGGCAUGUACGCCUUCUUGCGCAGCUUCGGCAUGGCCAUUGGUGUGGGCGUCAGCGGAUCGGUGUUCCAAAACGUCAUGAAAUCGAAGCUCAAGGCCACGGGCCUGCCCACCGACAUCGCCACCAACGCCGAAGCAUAUCUCCUCGUGCUGAAACAGAUGGGCGACACCCCGGAACGACGGGCCGUGAUCGACGCCUACGUGACCGGCUUCCACGGCGUGUUUGCAUUCCUCACCGCCCUCGCAGGCGUGGCUUUGGUCCUCGGUCUCUUCAUCCGCCACCACGAGAUCAACAAGGAACUCAUCACCGAGCACAGGAUCGUCGACACUCCCCGCGUCGGCUGGCGCCAUGGCCAUAGUAGGGCCACCAGCCGGGAGACCUUGGUGACGCCACCCAGGACCGCGGUGAGCACUGCGCCCAGCACCACGACGAUCAGUGCGAUGCAGUCAAGGGAGCUGGUCUGA